AUGGUGUCAUACUCCGACAUCCUCGUGAACAAUGAGUCUCUAGCCUCAUCCAGCGGCGGCGGCGGCGGCCCUGUCGCUGUAGUGGUGGGCGGGACAAGCGGAAUUGGCCUAACAACCACACAAGCACUGCUGAAACACAGCUCCAGCCCAACGAUCUACCUAGUCGGACGGGACUCCAGACGCAUUGAAACGCUCAUUGCCGAAACUUUCCAACCGCUGAAUGCAGCGGCAACCCUGAUCCCCAUCGUCGCCGGCGACCUGACACUGGUGCGCAAUGCGCAAAAAGCUGCCGACGCGAUCGUGCAGCACGCCACGGAAACCCAAGCCGGCGGAGACGGCCGAACUCCAGCCCGAAUCGACCUCUUGGUCAUGACGGCAGGCUAUCUCAGCAUGUCGUCCAAGCCGGACUGGUCGCCCGAAGGUCUGGAGCGAUUGAUGGCGAUCCGGUUCCACGCGCGCAUGGCGAUCCUGCUGAAACUUCUUCCCUUGCUGCGUCGAGCCCCUGGACCUCGUGUCGUGAACGUGCUCGCGGCCGGUGAAGAGGGACCGCUGAAUCUCGACGAUCUGGCCAUGACCCAGCCCAAGACAUACGGUCCGUUGUACGCGAUGGCCGCUGCGGCCAGUAUGUCGACCCUGUUUCUGGAGAAGGUGGCCUCGUUGCCGGAAAACGGCAAUGUCGUUUUCCUACAUACCUUCCCUGGCAUGGUGCCUGAUACGGGGCUGCAGAUUCAUCAUUCGUUUCUGUUGGGGCUAAUUUACAGAUUCGUCAAGCUGAUCAGUGGGCUCGUCAUGAAGACGCAUACUGCGCAGGAAGCUGGCGAAAGGACUUUGUUUGUUGCUACGAGUGGACGCUUUCGGCGGGUUCAGAGCCCCGAAGCCGCAGCGGGGACGCUCAUCCAGCCUGGGAGUAAUGGUGUGCUGGGGAGCGGCAUGUUCUUGGUGGGAGAGGAUUCGGAUGCUAUUCCGGAUGGGGGUAAUGCUGAAUUGAAGAAGUUGAGGGAAGGGGAUGCUGCUACGAAAGUGUAUGAGUAUGCCCUGGCCGAGUUGGAGCGGAUUGAAAAGUCGACUUCUUGA